CGGCAGCUAGGGUUUCGGAUAAAAUGGGCACCAUAAGGAGAGACAAUACCCCACCCACUCUCUCUCUCUCUCUAGCGGCUGAAUCAGGACGUUGCAACCCUAGCCUGACCUCGAGAGAUGGCGAAGUCGAAGAAUCACACCGCUCACAACCAGUCCUACAAGGCCCACAAGAACGGCAUCAAGAAGCCGAGGAGGCACCGCCACACCUCCACCAAAGGGAUGGACCCUAAGUUCCUGAGGAACCAGAGGUACGCCAGGAAGCACAACCAGAAGACGGAAGGUGCAUCUGAAGAAGAGUAGAUUAGCUUUUCCGCAUGAAAAAUGGCUUCUUUUGGGGUCGUCGAUUACUAGGGUUAUGUUUUGUCCUUGACAUUAUGAAAAAGUUUGAUUUUUGAUUCGUGAUCUUCAGUUUCACUGGGUUACUGUUUGAUUGCUAUGUGGCGACAACACUCGUUUUUAAGCCGUCUAUUAUCCAUAUCUGAAUUUCGAU